GCUACCGAUAGGUAUUAACAUAAUAAUAGUGUUAAUGCCGAUUCUCAAUGUUGAGUUCUCUCCAACCAUUUCAACUUCAAAGUACCUAGGCAGCCAAGGAAUCUCCCACAGCUCUCAUUAACCACAUGCAAACAAAAUAACAAGCGACAUGAUACCCUAGAGUUAAGGUGGAUUGUUAUACCAACAUCGUCUUCCCUCCAACAUUUCAGCCAUGUCCUCCGAAGAACCAGACCCCCUCUCGGGGUCAGGCGUCACGAUGCAUUCCGACAGCGAGCAAUACUCAGCCGGCGAAGACCUACUGCACUCGCCACCUUCGUCUUCUUCUCCACCCAUAGUCCUCUAUAAGCCCCCCACCGUCUGGUCUAUGCUCCGAGGCGUAGCUAUUAACCUACUGUUACCAUUCAUCAACGGCAUGAUGCUGGGUUUCGGCGAGCUGUUUGCGCAUGAGGCUGCUUUCAGAUUAGGAUGGGGGGGUACAAGAGUCUUCCCUCUCUCCCGGCGGAGAGCACAUCCUAUCGGUCCAGGUAUCGAAAUGCGCAACCGACCUAAACCGCAACCUGACUUACGAGACCUGACUAGUCUCGAAUGAUGGAGACGAUCUGCUAUUUAUACACGGGUAGAGCUAAAACGAUGGAAUAUGUCGCUUGGCCUUAUGUAUUGUCUUAUGCAAGAUUAGAAGGGAUGGGUGAAUGACAAAAGGGAGAACGAAAGAUAUCAUAAGAUAUUACUCAUGUAUAAACCCCCUUUUCGUAAGAAAAUAUAAUUGCACAAAGCUCUAGGUUAAAUAGGAUACUCAAAAUCCAAUGUCUCGAGAGUAUGCUAACCUAGUGCUAAUGCCCACUUGAAUAUUCAAUGAUAGAAUUGGUAACUGGUGAACUCAAUCGUUAAGGAAAUGGAAAGACUACACCUUUCAUAAACACUAUAGAGUUACAAACAUUGAAACAUUUUGGCCGAUAAUAGAAGCUGAGAUACGUAAUCAAAU